UAGUAAGGCAGUAGCAGAGUGGGCACUGGGAAGCUGAAUGUGCACAGAGAGCCGAAAGCAACAUGCACGGACCGGGCAGCAUCAUGGGUACAGCCGCCGGCCUGUGCCUCCUACUCCUACUCGCCGCCAGUUCUGCUGAGAAACCAUGCGUAUUAAUCACCCCCGCGGUGCUCCACGCAGAAAUGGAGGAGACGUUCAUGCUGGAGGCUCCAUUACACACCUCGGAAUUUGAGGCCAAAAUCCAGAUACAGGAUUUCCCGCUGAAAUUAAAGUCUCUGGCCAAGGCAACGGUGAAGCUAAAUGCCGCCAACGGUUUCCAGGGCGAAGUGAAAAUACAGCUGUCAGCCAAUGACUUGCCCAAAGACUCCAACAAGAAGCAAUUUGCCUACGUUAUUGUUGAUGCCCCCGACGCCAACUGCAAACUGGAGAAAAUAGUCCUCCUGUCCUUUGAAAGCGGCUACAUCUUUAUACAGACCGACAAAACCCUCUACACCCCGGGAUCCAAUGUUUUAUAUCGGCUCUUCAUCUCGAACCCCUUCUUGGCUCCCGACAACCGUACAGUAACGGUGGAGAUUGUGAACCCAGACAAGAUUGUGCUGGAAAAAGCUUCCUACACGUCCAGCGCCGGCAUCGUGUCCAAGAACUUCAUCCUGCCAGACAUAGCAAAUGUUGGAAUGUGGAGGAUCAUUUCUAGAUUCCAGGCGGCACCUCAACAGACGUUCCACACUGAGUUUGAGUGCAAGGAAUAUGUGCUGCCUACUUUUGAGGUUCUCCUGGAGACGCCGCAGCCAUAUUUCUUUCUGGACGAAAAUGAAUUUGUCGUGGACGUAAAAGCCAGGUUCCUGCACGGGAAAGAGGUUGAGGGCUCAGGGUACGUAGUGUUCGGGGCGAUGGAAGGUAACGAGAAGAUGAAUUUCCCCGAUUCUCUGACUAAAAUAGAGGUGGUAAAUGGAGAGGCCCGAGCCGUACUGAAAAGUGCCAUGCUUAUGAGGCGGUUCCCCGUACUCUCUCUGCUACUGGGAAAGCACUUGUACGUCACAGUCACAGUCCUGACCAAUGCAGGCAGUGACAUGGUGGAAGCUGAGAGGACUGGGAUCCCCGUAGUUGACAAAGCAUUCAAUUUGCUAUUCACCAAGAGCUCAAACUAUUUCAAGCCAGGCUUGCCCUAUACACUCUGGAUCUCGAUUGAGAACCCUGACGGAUCUCCGGCUUCUGCUGUGAGUGUUUGCACAUUGACUGAUGAGUGCCGUAGGUCUGACAAGGAUGGGACCGCGCAAUUAGUGAUAAACACUCCAGCGGACAGUACAAAUCUGGAAGUGAAGAUGCGGACGGAAGCUUUAGAUGUUCUGCCACACCGGCAAGCGACUGGCACGUUCACCAUCCAGGCCUACAAACCACAGGGCAACUCGAAGAAUUACUUGCACGUUGACAUCAUGGCCCCCAAGGUGGGACUAUAUAAUAACCUGCCUGUGAACUUCUACGUGAGGAGCGUGGAAGCCGAUGAGAGUAUCCAGAAAAUCUCUUUUAUGGUUCUUAGCAAGGGCCGGAUCGUACACGUGGGCAAAGUAAGCCGGCAGAAAGGCCAAGGACUUGUGGUCACAUCUAUUCCUGUCAACGAAAAGUUCAUGCCAUCUUUCCGAAUUGUGGCGUAUUAUAUAGCGGGCAAAGAAGGGCAGGAAAUUGUGUCAGACUCAGCCUCUGUGGACAUUCAGGAUUCCUGCAUGGGAAAGAUUGAGUUUCGUCAAAAUCCCAAGAAGAUGUCCUUUAAUCCUCAACCUGGAAAUUCCAUCAGUAUGUUGAUCACCGGGGACCCCGGGGCCCACGUCGGACUCGUGGCCGUGGACAAAGCCGUUUUUGUUCUGAACAAAAAGAACAGGAUUUCCCAAGCCAAGAUUUGGAAGGAGCUGGAAGCAAGCGACCUGGGCUGUACCAUCGGUGGGGGAAGUGAUAACGCAGCCGUGUUUACCGACGCUGGACUUUCUGUAGUGACCAACAUUGGCCUUAAUAAUCCCAUUAGACAAGAACUCCGCUGCUCCCAGGGUCAAAGGAAGCGUCGCUCCGUCCCCCUGACUGGACUAAAGGCAAAGAAAGUUCAGGAGUACAAGGAUUUGCGGCUGCGGCGCUGCUGUGAGGAGGGAAUGCUGGAGAAUCCCAUGGGAUAUUCCUGCCAGAGACGGGCCCAGUAUGUGCUGGAGGCUGGCGACUGCUCUGCCAUAUUCCUCGAAUGCUGCAAGUUUAUUUAUGAAUCGCCGCCAGUCAGAGGAGGCUCCAGGGGACCCAAAAGAAGGCCAAGUAUAACCUCAUUCAUCCAUGCAACCUCUGCCGGAGAAAGCCAGGAUGAUAUGGAUUCCUACAUGGAUAUCAAAGACAUCAGCUCCCGUACCAUAUUCUCUGAGAGCUGGCUAUGGAGGGUAGAAGUACUGCCGCCCCGGGCAGACCACACUGGCUGGGCGUCCAAAAUUAUAUCUCCCCCACUGCCAGAAUCAAUCACCACUUGGGAGUUCCUGGCUGUCAGCAUGUCUCCUACUAAAGGUAUCUGUGUUGCUCAGCCAUACGAACUCACGGUGAAGAAACCAUUCUUCAUCGAUCUUAGGCUUCCAUAUUCCGUGGUGCGUAAUGAGCAAGUAGAGAUCCGUGCUGUCCUAUACAGCUAUAUAGAGGAAGACAUUGAGGUGCGGGUGGACCUCCUGUAUAACCAGGAUAUGUGCAGCUCAGCCACAAAGGAAAGUACGUAUCGCCAGGUGGUGAAGAUGGGACCCGGUGCCAUUGCCGUAAUUCCGUUUGUCAUUGUGCCGUUGGUGGCUACUGAUCUACAGGUGGAAGUUAAGGCUUCAGUGAAAAACACAGGAUUUGACGAUGGCGUGAUGAAAAAGCUGAAGGUUGUGCCAGAAGGGAUGAAGAUCUUUAAAACCAUCCAGAGCAUCAUCCUGGACCCCUUAGGAUCAGAUUCUGGGAAGCAGACAGAAUUCAUUAAUCUUGCUCCGCGCAAUGAUAUAGUGCCCAAGAGUGAUCCUGUGACCUAUGUCAGCGUCACCGGAAACCUUGUGGCCGAAACACUUGAGAAUUCCAUUGAUGGCUCAAAGCUACAUCAUCUGAUUAUGGUGCCAUCUGGAUGCGGAGAGCAAAAUAUGAUGAGCAUGACCCCAAGCGUGAUUGCCACGCGCUACCUGGACACCAUUGGCCAGUGGGACAGAGUUGGGUUGGAGCUCAGAGAAAAAGCUAUCAAUACCAUUAAAAAAGGAUAUAGCCAACAGCUGGCGUACCGGAAAUCUGACAACUCGUAUGCAGCAUUCGCUAACAGACCCAGUAGUACAUGGCUGACAGCUUACGUGGCAAAGGUUUUUGCUAUGGCCUCAGGGCUGACUAAUAUUGACAAAGAUGUGGUCUGUGGAGCCGUCAAAUGGCUCGUGCUGAAGCAACUGCCCGAUGGAAUGUUCCAAGAAGAUGCUCCUGUCAUUCAUGGGGAGAUGGUUGGCGGGUCUGGACAGACGGAUCCUGAUGCUUCUCUUACUGCAUUUGUCCUGAUUGCAUUACUGGAGGCGCAGAGUUACUGCAAAGAGGAGGUGCCAAACCUGGGCCGAGCUGCAAAUAAAAGUGUUGAAUACUUGGAACUUCGGCUCAAGACACUGAAAAUGCCAUAUUCCGUGUGCAUCGUGUCCUACGCUCUGUCUCUUGCUGGGAGAUUGCCCAAUCACAAGCAUCUGAUGAAAUUUGCACAAGGUGGUACACACUGGGCAGAUGCCUCCCCUCAUCUUUACUCAAUAGAGGCCACGUCAUAUGCCCUUCUUGCUCUCCUCAAACUCGGCGAUUAUCACUUGGCCGGACCAGUGUCCCAGUGGCUGGCUGAACAGAGGUUUUACGGUGGAGGCUAUGGCUCUACUCAGGCCACAAUAAUGGUGUUUCAAGCACUGUCAGAAUACCAGAUUCAUGUUCCCCUUAUGAAUGAUGUUGAGAUGGAUGUAAAGAUCCGUCUUCCGACAAGAAGUGCCCCCCUGACUUGGAGGAUUGAUUCUGAUAAUGGCAUGGUCAGGCGAAGCGAACAGACAUCAAUGGAAGGCAAUAUUACAGUGACAGCAACAGGGAGGGGCAGGGGCACAAUGACGAUAAUGAGCGUGUAUUAUGUCCCACUAUCUGAAGAUGAAGUCGAAUGCAAGAAGUUUGACUUCUCUGUCUCCCUUCAAGAGGUGCCAAAUGACAAGAAACCACAUGGAGUCAUUAAGUCUAUGUAUAUGAACAUCUGUAUGAAGUUUCUUGGAAUUGUUGAUUCUACAAUGACCAUUGUAGAUGUAGCGAUGCUUACAGGAUUCACACCAGACACAAAUGACCUGGAUAUGCUGACAAACAGGGUGGAAAGAUACAUUUCCAAGUACGAGAUGGAUAAAGAGAGAUCAGAACGAGGUUCCCUCAUUAUUUAUUUGGACAAGGUGUCCAGAACGGAGAAUGAAUGUUUGAAAUUCAAGAUUCACCAGAAGUUUGAGGUUGGAGUUCUGCAGCCGGCAGCCGUCACAGUGUAUGAAUAUUACACUCAGGAGUAUCGCUGCACUAAGUUUUACCACCCAACGGAAGAGCAGGGGCAGUUGCGCAGGAUCUGCACAGGAAUAGAGUGUCACUGUGUGGCAGAGAGGUGCAAUCUCAAGAACGCAUUCAAGGGCAAGCUGGAUGUGGACGGGCGCUUGCAGUCUGCGUGUGAAGCCGGAGUGGAUUACGUGUACGAAACAAGACUGGACAAAACUGAGUCGAAUGGGGCGUAUGAUGUUUUUAUAAUGACCAUCACUAGGAUUGUGAAGCUGGGCACUGAUGAUACAGCAGAAGGAAAGCAGCGCCAGUUCUUUAGUCACCAAAGCUGUAGAGAUUCUGUGAAACUAACAGAAGGUCGUACAUAUCUCAUCUGGGGCAAAACCGCUGACUUAUGGGAAGUAAAGAAUGAGAAAGCCUACGUGAUCAGUGGCGACACGUGGAUAGAAGAGGUGCCCACUGGCAAGGAAUGUAUCACAACACAAACCAAGUUGUGUGAGGAAAUCUCCAAGUUUAUAGAUGAACUGACGCUGGUCGGCUGCACCAACUGAGCCUUCGCUGGGCUGAAAGCUGCUCCUCUCCUGUGUCGCCUUGGAUCAGAACCAAGACCAUUUUGCCAGCAGAUCAACUUAUUUCUAUUUCUAUAAAGACAAAAUAAACCGUCUCUGUAUAUAUCUAGAUCAGCGGUUCUCAACCCGUGGGUCGGAACCCCUUUGGGGGGAAAACACAUAUUUCCGAUGGUCUUAGUCAUUAGAAAGGUUGAGAACCACUGUGCUAGAUGAACCCUCUCUGUUGCCCAGGCAAGACCACAUUUCCCCCAUGCUUGCGGACCAUGAACCUGUGAGGGCAGGGCCCUCUAUUCAUCUCCCUUUGCCUUUUAUUGCCCGUUGUUUACUUUGUAUGAAACCAAUCAAUAAACCAGUGCAAGUCUGUCCCAGUAGGUCACAGACUCCCCAUUCCCCUCAAGCCUUGCAUUCUCCAUGAAA